AUGACCGACAAGGACGAUCAGAAUGAUCCGGUGCAGCAGUCCAUCGCGGCCACCAAAGCCGAAUAUGCAACCCUGGGUUCGGAAGACUCACUACCCAUACUGAAAGCAGCUUACGAUCGUGGUCUGAACACCUGGGACACCGCCAACGUAUACAGCAACGGCGUCUCGGAGGAGAUCAUAGGCAAGGCCCUCAAGAAGUACAGCAUUCCUCGCGAGAAGGUAGUCAUUCUUUCCAAGUGCUAUGGCUAUGUAGGUGAAGAACCUGGCACCAGGGGUAUGAUGUACGGGCAAAAGAUCGCCGAGAGCAAGGACCAUGUCAAUCGCGGAGGCCUCUCUAGAAGAGCGAUCUUCGAUGCUGUGGGCAAGAGUCUGAAGCGACUGGGCACAGACUACCUCGACCUGCUGCAGAUCCAUCGCUUCGAUCAGUACACGCCGAUGGAAGAGACGAUGGAAUCUCUCCACGACCUCGUCAAGAUGGGCAAGGUCAACUAUAUUGGAGCGUCUUCGAUGUGGGCGUAUCAAUUCGCACAGCUACAAUUUGUCGCCGAAAAGCACGGAUGGACGAAGUUUGUCUCGAUGCAGAAUCACUACAACCUUCUGUACCGUCAAGAGGAGCGCGAGAUGAACAAAUUUUGCCACGAUACAGGCGUUGGACUGAUCCCAUGGGCGCCGUUGUGCCGAGGACAUCUAGCUCGACCGCCUUCGGAAUAUGGCAAUACCAUUCGUUCUGCGGGAGAACAGCGAAACAGCAUCUUCACUACUGGCCAGAGCGAAAGCGACCAGGAGGUAAUCAAGCGCGUACAAGAGCUCGCUGAGAGGAAGGGCUGGAAGAUGAGCACUGUUGCGUUGGCUUGGAUUAACAAGAGAAUAUCGAGUCUCAUCAUCGGCUUCAGCAGUGUGGAGAGAAUUGACGAGGCGCUGGAAGUUCGAGGCAAGACGCUGACAGCUGAAGAAGAGAAGUACUUGGAGGAGCUUUAUGUAACGCGGGACGUUCAAGGCCACUCGUAG